UGCUUGUCUUCUAGUAACUUGAUGCAAGUCAUGUGUUAAGUACUUGUACGUUCAGCUGAAAAGUCUGUUGCUGUUAUUUAAGCUUCUCUCAGGAAGAUCUGUGAGUCUAUUGGGACCAAGAAGUGAGAAAAAACCAUCAAGCAUUACAGCAAGGAUAGCUUUACGUUGUCUGUCUGCACCCUGACUAAGGAGAGGAAUGGGCUGUAACAGAAACUGUGGGCUCCUCACUGGGGCUGUCAUCGGUGCUGUGCUGGCUAUCUUCGGAGGAGUUCUAAUACCAGUUGGAGAUAAGCUUAUAGGCAAAGCAGUAGAAAAGGAAGCUGUCAUUGCAAAUGGUACCAUUGCUUUUGAAAAUUGGCUUGUGCCAGGAAGUUCCGUUUACAGGCAAUUUUGGGUUUUCCAUGUGCAAAAUCCUUCAGAGGUAUUAGACAAAGGAGCACGUCCAAAACUUGAGCAAAGAGGACCUUACACAUACAGGGUGCGAUAUUUACCCAAAGAAAAUAUCACGGAAAACUCUGAUGGCACAAUAUCCUACAUGCUGCCUAACAUUGCUCGUUUUGAACCUGAUAUGUCUGUUGGGACAGAAAAUGAUACCAUCACGUGCCUCAACCUUGCUGUUGUU